ACAAGUAAAUCAGUUAAUUGCAACUCGAAUUAUAUUUCUGGGCGUAGAAUCCCCAUUCUUAGGUGAGGGCGAACGAGGUUUAGAGUUUGGGGACUAGUUUCGCUAUCAGAUUCGAAAAAGCAAUUCAAUGGAGUGUGUUGUUCAAGGAAUCAUUGAGACACAGCAUGUUGAAGCUCUUGAGAUCCUUCUUCAAGGUCUUUGUGGUGUUCAACGCGAACGCUUGAGAGUUCAUGAGCUAACUUUAAAAAGCGUCCCAAAUCUUGGAGUUGUAUCUUCAGAAGUUAGGCUUUUAUGUGACCUUGACCAACAACCAGAGCCCACAUGGACGGUUAAACAUGUUGGAGGUGCGAUGAGAGGUGCAGGAGCUGAUCAGAUCUCUGUUAUGGUAAGAACCAUGAUCGAGAGUAAAGUCAGCAAGAACGCUCUGCGUAUGUUCUACUCCCUCGGUUACAAACUAGACCACGAGCUUCUCAAAGUUGGCUUCGCUUUCCACUUCCAACGGGCCGCGCAGAUAAGCGUCUCCGUGUCUUCGGUGAACAAGAUGCCUAAGAUUCAUGCCAUAGAUGAGGCUGUUCCCGUAACGCCUGGGAUGCAGAUUGUUGUUGUUACGGCUCCAGCGACACCUGAGAACUACGGUGAAGUCGCAGCUGCUGUUUCAUCUUUCUGUGAAUUUCUCGCUCCGCUUGUGCACUUGUCGAAACCCUUCAUCUCUACGGGAGUUGUGCCGACCGCUGCUGCGGCUGCUGCAUCUCUUAUGUCGGAUGGAGGUGGUACUACAUUGUGAGAAGUUUUCUUUGUGUUCUCUCAUGUUUUAGAUCUUUUUGGUUUCACAUCACACAAUGGGCUAGUGAGUGAUACUGAGGUCGAGAGUUGGAACCUCUCUCACCCCAUUUCUACUAUUUUAGCCUUUGUAUUUUUGAAAGAAGAGACAGUGGAGCUUUGGAAUUGGUCAAAUUAUUCUUUAUGCA